GAUCGGCGAUCCUGCGAACACUUCCAUCGUCUUCAUCCACGGGAUGGCAUGCUCGGCGAUGUUAUUUGACAAGCAAUUCCAUGACCCCAUGAUGCUUGACAAGUUCUAUAUGGUGCGGUACGAGAUGAGGGGCAUGGAAGGAGUGGUACCCGGAGGGCAUAGAGGCGUAUGCAUCCAAGUAUCAAGCGGAAGACUUCCGCUUGGUGUGCGAGGCCUUUCAUUUGCAGAAGCCUUGGGUGUUUGGAUGGAGUCUUGGCGGUACGAGACGUGCUCUUCCUACAUGAGCGUCGUUCACUGACUCGGAGGGGCACAACCUCUAUGUCUCGUACGUUGUCAGGCACUAUACCCGUGGACAUUGCCAACCACUUGGGGCCCUCCUACAUCGCCGGAGUGAUUUACAACGGCGGCGCUGUGCUCACACUUGCACUCAGUGUCGAGACGAUCCCGGAGUCCUUCCUACCACUCAUGCAGCACGUCCAGUCGACGGACGCGAACAUCGUUGCGCGCUUUGCUCAGCGGUUCGUAGAGGGCUGUGUCGCAGAUCCGGUCUCAACGCUGCCAUGGCCGGUGAAGCUGCAGUGGAUGGGGUCUUUCGCAGCACAGCCGCCGGCGGUCCGAACGUGGUCUCACAAUCGCGAGCAGGACGAGACGAGGUGGCGUGCAGAGACGGGAAGUUGGCCCGUGAUGCUGAUACAGGGUGCGGAGGACACGCACUGUGAGGCGGGUCUCUUGGCAAGGCAAGUGAAGGGUCUAUAUGGCGAUGCGGAGGUGCACAUCCUGCAGGGUGUCGGGCAUGCACCUCAUCUCGAACGGCCCGGCGUCGUCAAUGAACUCAUUGUAGACUUCGUCGAGAAGAAGCGUGGAUAACAGACAAUCGCCAACGACUUUGUUAAUGUAGAUAUGUUAUCGAGGCCAUGGGCGAGGGGAUCUAUCAGGUAGAAGGGUUGAAGUGGACCGUAUAUUGCGAGCCGGUCCUGGUGUGGACGAGGCGGGACGGGGCCAGAAUCCCGAUCAGUGUUAUCUAAUCUCAUGGCGAUACUUAUGUAGCGCAGGCACGUGAAAAUGCAGCGACGGGCG